UGUGAUUGACUUUACUGUGAUUGGUAAUUCAAUUUUCUCAUUCACGGAGUAUAACAAGUGUAGACGUGCGUUCGGUCGCAUGCAAACGAGAGAGAACGAAAUAGCACAAAACAGAGUUUGUCCUUUUCUACGUGUACCUCCACCCCCACUGCUCAGUGCUCGGUCUAGAUAUAUUAUGUCUAUGGGAAGGACGGGAAUGAGGGGAUUUCCCUGUGAUGGUGGGGGGGAAACUUGAAACCGCUCGCAUACUGAUUAGCGCUUGCAUUUUGUACUGCAGAAAAGUGAUACGGCUCGUUAGUCCGGGAUUCGCGAGCGGGAGGAAAAGCCAGAGGAGGCUAGUCAUUCGGAACUCAAUCUUCGAAACGUCAUCCCCGACGAGACUCGACGUCCAGUAUUAGGAAAACGGGACUAAAGCAGAUAUGGAGCGAUUACGUUACCUCCACAUCACAAAUGCUCUUAUCGGGUUGUUAUUCCACGCCGGGAUCGCGAAAGCAACGGGUCAAGAUGUGAUAACAUCGUUGUCGUCGAACGCAUUGGACAACGGAGCACAUAAUAAGUUUAUCAUGAGAAUUUCUGGAGACGUACACAAUGGUUGCGAAUGCUUUAAAUAUGAUUGUGGAUGCUGUCAGUAUCUAGAUUGGGACGCGAUCUGCAUGAACGGAAAGUUGUGCGCGAAUGCAACUUAUCUGAGGAACGAUUUUGGGUUUUCGCUCACGGUGACGUUUAACAACUUCGCGAUUAUUAACGAGACAAUUUCAGCUCGAAAUCCACCGCCCAUUUGCUUCGGGGAGGACAUUAUAGACGCGUUGGAAGUUGACAUUUGCCUGCGUAUUUACGAUAUAGACAUAAAAAAGGAUUAUUUUCACGCAUGUUUUGAGAUUUUGGGAAGGAUAAUGAAACUCCCAAUCUCUAAAAUACAGUUAGGUUGCGUCCAGACUGAUGAAUGGAAAGAGAUAGUAUUUAUAGAAAAUAAUAUGUCGCCAUUUGUCAAGAAUACAGCGCCCAAUGUCGUCAUGGUAUGAUGACAAAUAACUUGGUGUAAAUAACGUACUGAACAGUCUCUCGGAAUCUCGCCAUAUAAACUAAGCGGCAUAAGUUCCUUUUAUUUUUACGCCCUAUUUGCGGGAUAAUUAAGUUCUACUUGACGCAAUAAAUGUUCAGUUUUUUUAUAAUAUAUAUUUUAUGCACUUAAAAAAGGGUAUAAUCUAUGUGUUUUUCGUUUAGUCAAAGCAAAACUAGAAUUAUGUUUUGUUACAAACAUAUUGUAUUUUAACUUAUAUAUUGUAGAUCUGAAAUGUGCAUUGUAACUGAAUAGUCGACUAUAAUGUAUUACAUAAUUGUUUCGUACACUA